CAUUUUUUUUUCAAAUCUUUCAUCAUGAAUCAAUUUUUCAAAAACUCAAAAUUGGUUCUUGGGUUUUUCAAUUCCAUUAAAAUUCACUCAAAAACUACAAAAUUGACUAGGGAAUUUAGCAAUCCGUCUGAAUCUUGGAAAUCAAUGGAGGGUUUUGUUAAAUGUAGUGCAAAUUUUGAACCAUUGACACCUUUAAGUUUCUUGGAAAGAGCAGCUAAUGUUUUUAGGGAUAGAACUUCUGUUAUUUAUGGUGAAAAUUUGAAGUAUAAUUGGGAACAAACUCAUAAUAGAUGUGUUAAACUUGCUUCUGCUCUGGUUCAUUUGGGGAUUUCUCAUGGUGAUGUGGUUGCAACUCUGGCUCCUAACGUACCGGCAAUGCAAGAGCUACAUUUUGCAGUACCGAUGGCUGGAGCCGUUCUUUGUACAUUAAAUACGCGCCAUGAUUCAGCUAUGUUAUCGAUACUUCUGAUGCAUUCGGAAGCAAAGGUCAUAUUUGUGGAUCAGAAAUUGCUCGAAAUCGCUCAAGGAGCAUUAGCUCUCCUUGCUGACAAGAAACAGAAUCUGCCUCUUCUUGUUGUGAUCUGUCAAACUGAUGAAUCCCCUGCUGUUGAAAACUUAAAUCCUCGCGAUCACUACUAUGAAAGUCUCCUCGGAAGUGGGGAUAGCAAUUUUGCUAUAAGAUGGCCGAGAACAGAAUUUGAUCCUAUUAGUAUUAACUAUACUUCAGGUACAACGUCGCAACCCAAAGGAGUUGUUUACAGUCACAGAGGUGCAUAUCUCAAUACCAUCGCCACUUUUUUGCUUCACGAGAUGAGUUUGUUCCCUGUUUAUCUUUGGACCGUUCCAAUGUUUCACUGCAACGGUUGGUGCAUGGUUUGGGGGCUUGCAGCAUUGGGUGGCACGAAUGUUUGUCAUAGAAAUGUCUCUCCAAAAGGCAUAUUCGAAAACAUUUCGUUGCACAAAGUCACACAUAUGGCCGGGGCACCAACUGUCUUGAACAAGAUUGUGAAUUCGCCCCCGUGUGAUCUAAAGCCACUCCCUCACAAGGUUAAAAUAAUGACAGGUGGUUCACCGCCUCCUCCACAAGUUAUUGCCAAAAUGGAGGAGCUAGGAUUCGGAGUAAAUCACUUAUACGGACUAACAGAGACAUAUGGUCCAGGUACGUAUUGUUUGUGGAAGCCCGAGUGGGAUUCUUUACCUCCUGACGAAAAAUUUAUACUGAAAGCAAGACAAGGAGUACAACAUCUUUGUUUAAAAGAAGUCGAUAUACGAGAUUCUACCACCAUGGAAAAAGUGCCUGCUGAUGGUAAAACAAUUGGAGAGAUCAUGUUUAGAGGGAACACAGUAAUGAGUGGAUACUUAAACGAUACGAAAGCAACAGAGGAAGCUUUUAAAGGCGGAUGGUUUCACAGUGGUGAUCUUGCUGUGAAACAUCCUGAUGGUUAUAUAGAAGUUAAGGACCGGUUGAAAGACAUUAUUAUCUCCGGUGGAGAAAACAUAAGCACGGUUGAGGUGGAACGAGUUUUGUAUAGUCAUCCAGCAGUUGUUGAAGCAGCAGUAGUCGCAAGACCAGAUAACCAUUGGGGGCAAACACCUUGCGCGUUUGUGAAGUUGAAGGAAGGAUUGAGUGUUGACGAUCAAGAAAUCAUCAAUUUUUGUCGAGAUAAUUUGCCUCACUACAUGGCACCUCGGACAGUCAUAUUCGAAGAUAUCCCUAAAACUUCGACAGGCAAGAUACAGAAAUUUAUCUUGAGGGAGAAAGCGAACGCGUUGGGUAGUCUUUUCUAGAGUGAAAUGAAGCAGCAGAACUUGACUUUGCUGAAAAAUCUUAGUAUCAAUGUGUUGAUAAAUGUAUGUUUGCAUUGUCCUGCAAAAUGUUGGGACAUGCAACUAAAUAUGGGAAUUUUCCCUGUCUGAGCACUUGAAAAAAUGAAAUAGCAAAAUUCGAUCCAAUUUAUCGUAA